AUAUCAUGAAAUAUAUUUAAUGAGUAAGUGUAAUAUUACCACGAUAAUUGUACACACAUCGUACAAUCAUAACAAUUCAUUCUUAACGGAGUAUAGUAUCCCUACUACUCCGCUUAAAUUUAUAUCCCCGUAGACUUUCCCCACUCUUUUUUUUUUGCUACAACCGUCCCUACCUCGAGCGAAAUAAUGGACUCGUCCACUAAUCUACUGGAAUAUCUGUCAGAUUUAAAAGUAAAAAAACCGGCAAGUUGUGAAAAUAAUUAUUUCUAUAAAAAAAUAAAUAUAAAUAAAAUAAUAUAUAAAAUAAUUAUCUGACAAAAUAAAAUGUAAUUAAUAAUUAAAAUAGUGAUUUGUAAAUGUUGAAUAGGACUCGGCCAUUUUAUGUGUGGGGAAGGUAGGGGAAUAGAGUCUCGACCCCGGCGGAGCCACCGUUUAUUUACUUGAGUAAACUGUCUCAGAGUGGUAACAAGCCGGUUUUAAAUUAAUUUUAAAUCAAAAAAUAUUAUUUUAAACGUCAAAUUAAAUUUUAAAAAUCACAAGAUGACUUUUCCAGUUACUUAACAUUAAUUUAACAUAUUAUUUUUCUAAAGUGUAAUCAUUUAAAAGCAUCCUCCGCACCCUAUUUCAUUGCCCGCCAAUACUGAAUAGGCGGGAAGACCACGUGACGUUGCUUAACGAAUGAACGUCAUGAGAUUUGAAAUCGUGCGUGGUCUUUGUUCACGAGUCGAGACCGUCAACGUUACUUCAGUUCCGUGAAGGGGACCCUGUGUUGGUGAUCCGUUUAUACAUGAUCGCUGCUGCCGAAAAAAACCACGUUAUUUUCACAUUUAAUUUAUAUACAUAUAUAUAUUUAACAAGUGAAAGUGACGUUUUCAUAAAUUAUAAAUACAACGACAUUAAUUAUUAAUUGUUAUAUACUACGACGAGUGAAUGUUGGAUACUGAGAGCAGACACAGCGCUGUGCUGGAUCAGGGACCAACGGUCAGGGACCCUUGGCUCACAAAUACAAUGGAUUACUAUCUUGGCGCGGACAGUCUAUCCUUACAGGAGAUGCUUGAUGUUGACAUAAAAUGCGAGGUCGACAGUGUUAUUGGUGGACACCCUGAACUCGGGUUCAAUUUUACCGAUCUGUCGCCGCUGGAACUCGACGAUGAUCCAGUGGGAUGUCAAAGUGACUUGAACAGCUGGUUCGGAUCGGCCAGUCUGCUCAACGGGAAUAGCAACAGUUCUCACAGUAAUUUCAACCUUGACCUCAACGGUGGAGAUGUUGCAUCGAUAAUGGUGAACCCGAACUCUGUGAUGCCGCACAUGGUUUCACGAACUCCAACUCCACACAAUAAUAGUAGUAAUAGUAAUAACAACAACAACAGUACUAGUAAUAAUAACAACAGUAAUAGUAAUAAUAACAAUAAUAAUAAUAAUAACAAUAACAUCAACAAUAAUAAUAACAUCAUAAAUAAUGGAGUCGUGCAAGCAAGGCGACAUUUCUCAUUUCCCAUCAAGAAUGAGAUAAAAGAAGAAAAGGUCGAAGUUGAUGAUGAUGUCGAGACUGGCAAUGAAACGGAUAAUGAGCAUUACGAGAAUGACAUCACCGAAACAGAGGACGAGGAAGACGAGGAUGAUGACGAAGAGGAAGAAGAAUCUGAAGAAGAACAGGAGGAUGCGACUAUGAUGAUGAACGCCGCAAGGGCAAUUAAAUUGAAACAACAACAACAGCAACAAUUACAACAGCAGCAGCAGCAGCAUCAGUCCCAGCAUAAUCAUCACCACCAGCAGCAGCAGCAGCAGCAACCGAUCCACGUUAAAACAGUAUCAACCAUCAAAACAUUACCCCCCCAGGCAAUCAAUAAAAUAACAAAUGGCCAGAAAGUUGAUUCGUUGGCUCAAAUUAGACUUGGAAAUUUGAAACUCGUACGGCACAGUCCCAAUGGCCAGACACAACAUCAUGUAAGAAAAAUAUACAAUAACAACGUCCAUAUUACAGCACCGAGCACAACUGGAAACUCAGCCUUGAAAAGGGACAAAGAUUUUACUCUGAAUAUUGCCGAGUACGAUGAGAAACCUUAUCCAAAACCAGCCUACUCCUACUCUUGUCUUAUCGCAAUGGCAUUGAAGAACAGCCAGACGGGCUCGCUGCCAGUAUCUGAAAUAUAUAAUUUCAUGUGUGAACAUUUUCCGUACUUCAAAACUGCGCCAAAUGGUUGGAAAAAUUCAGUAAGGCACAAUUUAUCAUUGAAUAAAUGUUUUGAAAAAAUAGAAAAACCAGCGGGAAAUGGUAACCAGCGUAAAGGCUGCUUAUGGGCGAUAAAUCCACAAAAAAUAGCAAAAAUGGACGAGGAAGUACAAAAAUGGUCACGAAAAGAUCCACUGGCGAUAAAAAAGGCCAUGAUAUAUCCCGAUCACUUAGAACUUCUCGAACGAGGCGAAAUGAAAUACGCAGGAAGUGGAGGUGACGAUUUGUCGGAAGAAACAGAGAGUUCGGGUGAUGAAACUGCUGAAGAUAAUGCAACUUAUGAUGAACCAUCACUUGGACAUAUCGCCGCAAAUUCCGUCACUGAUAGUUAUGAUGAAAGCAGUCAAGAUUGUGACAUUGACAUCACUGAACAUUUGUACGAUGAAAUCGACAUUGAGGACAACAAAGAAGCUCUUCAUAUGCAGUUUAAUAUUACCAAGGAAGAACCAUAUGAGUAUGAAUUGAGUCCCAGUGCCAAGAGACAAAAGACAUUGACUGGAACCAUUCAAGGAAAUUACGUGUAUCAAUCUGUAGCGACGUCCCGUAGGAAAACGCCUUUACUCGUCAGAACAGGAGCUGCAAACGGCGCGUUUCUUAAGAUUGAAUAGAUCUCUUAGAUUUAAAUACUUUUUUUUAUUAUAAAUACAUUUUUUUUUUAAUUUUUUUUUAUUUUGAUCCCACUCCCUUGAUCUUCUAUCAAAAUCUUAAAAAAGUCAGAUUUGAAGUCAUAGUGCAAAGAAAAUUUUAUUCAGGCACUUGGUAUUGUUUAAUAUUUUUCUACAAAGGCUGUGUGUAUUUUUGAUACACAGGAAAAAAAAUAAUAAUAACGAUAAGAAUAAUUAUAAUGAUAAUAGUUUAAGAAACAUUUUCUACGAUAUUAAAUAAGUGUAAAUAUAAUUUUACAGAUUUUUUACAUGAACAAAAAUUUGUUUAAAAUUAAGAUAAUUCUCAGACAAUACCCCCCCACUUUUUAAAAAUAUUUAAUGACUGAAUUGUCAUUAUCGUAUUAAAAUAAAAUCAAUUAAUUGAAAUAAAGUUAAAGUAUUAAUUACAAAAAAAUUACUUACAGUUGAUAUCAAUUAGAAGUUAAAGGCAAUUUUAUAAUUCGAAUUUUCAAAUUUUGCGGGCUAAAAUUUACUUGUCAAAUUUCGCAUUUAACUUCUAAUUGAUAGCAACUGCAAGUAAUUUUUUUAAAAAUCUAUAUUCCGGCGAAAUUGUAACUUUUCUUUUUUCAAUUAAUGCUUUUACUAUUUUUUUAAUUAAUUAAUAAAAUUUUAAUACGGCUGACAGUUGAAAGUAAUUAAAUAUUUUUAAAAAGUGGGGGCACUUUCCGAGAAUGCUCUUUAUUGCAUAAAGAAGGAAAAGAAAAAUGAUAGAAUAAAAAAAAUUGUUUAUAAUUAUUCGGUUAAUAAUUAUGUAAAAAUGAAAAUGAACAAUUUUUUAACAAAGAUAUUGUAAAACGAGUGCGUUCAUUGACAGUUUGAGACCGGGAGAGUAAAGCAAGUUUAGAUGUCAACGAAUGUGUCCUUCAGUUUAAUAACCGUAAUCUAUUGAUUUAGCCGAGUCAAUUUGACCGAGAAAGAGGGCAAUGAACUAAAAGAGAACAAGACUAAUAUGUUCGCACACAAAAUGUUCUUCCACGUACAUAUAUUUGUAUAUAUAUUUGCCUAUGUAUACAUAUGUCCACAACAUUUCACUGUAAAUCAAUUCAUCUGUUUCAAUGUCGUGUGUGUAUUUUUGAUCAUAACUGCCAAUUUAAAUAUAUUAUUAUUUAAAUUAUUAUUUUAUAUAUUACAUAAUUUUUUAAAACUCAAUUCAAAUACGCCGCUACUGCUUACAUGUUGCUAAUUGAUAAUAAUCAACAAUUAUUACGCCCGUAACAAUAACAAUAAUAAUAAUAUUAAUUCGAUUGGGAGAUUUUUUAUACGCUACUUAAAACUUAAGCUCAAUAGAUGGUCACUUAACUGACCAGACUGAUGUAACAUAACUUUUUUUUACACAAACAGAAAAAACAACUGAACUAAAUCAUAGGAUUAACAAUAUUCCAUAUUCUCGUAUACCUAAAGUAUAAUAAUAAUAAUAAAUAGUACACAGAAAAAAAGGAUUUCUUGGCGCAAUAAAAACUUUUCAUUAUGAAUUGAAACCAGAAAUUUUCUUGGGACUAGAAAUAAUUUAUUUGCGCAAUAAAAUUUUUCUAGUCCCGACAAAUUUUCAAUUCAUAAUGAAAAAAAUUUAUUAGAACGAGUAAAAAUUUUUUGCGACUAGAAAUUCUUUUUUUAUGGGUAGGACUCGCAGAUAAACAAGUACAAAGGGUCAAAGAUUGUCGAUGAUGAUUCUAAAUUGUAUAAAGUUAUUAAUUUAACGAAAGAGAAAAAUGAGAACAAACAACAUUUUUUUUACUUUGUUUAAUUUUAUAAAAAAAAAAGAAAAAAAAUUAUUAUCUUUAAAGUAUUUAACUUUAAUUAGUAGUAAAAAAUUUAAUUGGUCAAAUUAAGAGUGCUCAGGCCAGUGAAACAAAACAAUCGAAUAAUAAAAGUCUAAUAAAAUAAGUUAGUUUUUUUAUGUACUAAAUAUUAUAUGUAGUGAUAACAAUAAGUUAACUUUUUUCUAUUUUUAAGUAUGUAAUUACUUAUAUGAAUAGUGUAUUACCUCUAAAUCUAGAUUUAUAGAGUUACGCGUCCGGAGUAUAUUAAUAUUAAUUGAUAAUUAUAAUUAUAAUUUUGUUUGUAAUACUGAGCCGAGUCUUAUGGUAACUGCGGAUGUCCUGUCAUUUUUUUUAAACUUUGUUUAAAUUAUUGAGCGGUUGCAUUGUGAUUCACAGUGAAAAAAAAGUAUAUAUAAAAAUAUCGCGUUAUUAAUUCCAAGAGGGCUUACAUUUUUCUACGUCUUUUUAGCUUUCGGCAGCUCCUAAAGUCAAAAGGGCGUAUGAUUUUUUUUUUCAUUGUCAAUCUUUGGCUUAUAUUCGAGCUAAAAAUAAGUUCUCAAAACGAGUAGUUGUAGUAAAAAAAAAAAAUCACACAUCCUUUUGGUUCUAAGGAGAUCCCUAAAGCCAAAAGAGCGUAGAAAAAUAUGUCUUUUUGGAACUAGUAACGCGAUAUAUCGACAGAUUUAAUUUCGAGUGCAUUUAUAAUUAUUAUCAUUUUGUUGGGGAUGAAACAGUACCCGAAAGCUCUUGUUCAAUAAGAACUAAAGGUGUUUAUUGUGAGGAAUAACUAGAGCACCGUAACGUAUUAUUAAUAGUAAGAUAAUUUUGUACAUUAAAUGUAUAUAAUUUAUGGACAAAAACAACCAACGUGUAGCGUACUUGUAAUUGGAUCAUAAGCUGUCAAUAUAAAUUGAUGGUAAGAAUAUUAAAUCAGUUGUAAUUAAUUGAUUCCAUUGUAAGCUAAAAAUUGAUCUAUUAAUUAAAAAUUAACAAUAAUUAUUUUACAUGAGUAAAUAUUAAAAUAUUAUAUAUUAAAUUUUUAAAUCUUUUUUAUAUAAUUCAAAAUCAAAUGAAUAUAUUGUAUAAAUAUAUUUGCGGUGGUAAUUAUUCAUUUUGUUAAUAUACUAAGUCUGUAUGAAAGCAAUAAGUAAGGGACCAAUUGUAUGGAUUCUUUAUAAUCUUAAUUAUUAUUGCUGAUUUGAAUUUUUUUUAACAAAGUAAUUAUCAUUAAUUUCAUCUUACAUGUACACCGAUAAAAUGUAUGUCGUAAAUAAUUAAUGAUCUGUAUAGAUAGUUUUUUUUUUUGUAAAUAUAUCAGUAAUUUUUAUUUUUUCUUUUUUCACUUUUGUACUAAAUAGAGUAGAUGUUUAUGUAAUUAUAAUUUAAAUGAUAGAAAGAAAAAAAACGAAUUGUAAUAACGUCAGAAUUUUAUUUAGUCUCAUUUAAAAUCCAUCGAUCUCUGAAGUACAGAAACAAGACUUGUAUAAAAUAGUUAAAAAAAGAAAAUACGAAUUUUUUAAUUUAUCGCAUUAAUUAAAUCUUGCCAGUGGAUAAUUAUUUUCAAUUACAUAAAUUAAUCACAUAAAUAAACAGUUACAAUUAAAUGUUUAUUAAAAUUAAGUUAAAUAAGGCAUUAAUUAUAAUAAAAUAAAUAAUGUAGAGUAGUUUUUGUACCUGUUUGUAACAAUUUUUAAGUAACAAUCGUAGUCGGUUAAUGAGUACAUAAACAAAUUUAAAUUGUAUAUGUGCAAUUUUUUUCAAUAAUAAAAAGUAAACAUCAA